AUGCCGCUCUUGAAGGAUGCUAUGCCCCUCAUGAAGGAGCCCCCACUACAGGCCCCACUUCCCUGGGUCCUCCCGAGCCUGUUUGCUGCCUUCAAUGUAGUGCUGCUGGUCUUUUUCAGUGGCCUCUUCUUCGCAUUCCCUUGCAGGUGGCUAGCCCAGAACGGGGAGUGGGCUUUUCCCAUCAUUACAGGCCUCCUCUUUGUCCUCACCUUCUUCAGUCUCAUUUCCCUCAACUUCUCAGACCCCGGCAUCUUGCAUCGAGGCUCCGAUGAUCAGGGCCCCAUGAUGGUGCAUGUGGUGUGGGUGAACCACAGGGCCUUCCGCCUGCAGUGGUGCCGAAAAUGCUGCUUCUACCGCCCACCCCGAACCUACCACUGCCCUUGGUGCAACAUCUGUGUGGAGGAUUUUGACCACCACUGCAAGUGGGUCAAUAACUGCAUUGGUUACCGCAACUUCCGCCUCUUCAUGCUGCUCGUGCUGUCCUUAUGCCUCUACUCGGGUGCGAUGUUGGUCACUUGUCUGAUCUACCUGGUGCACACCACCCACCUGCCAUUCUCUAUAGACAAGGCCAUCACCAUCCUGGUGGCUGUACCUGCCACGGGCUUCUUGGUGCCACUCUUCUUGCUGCUGCUGAUCCAGGCACUGUCCGUGAGCGCGGCUGAGCGCUCCCACGAGGGCAAGUGUAGCUAUCUACACGGAUACAAUCCCUUCGAUGGAGGCUGUGCCAGCAACUGGUAUUUAACAAUGUGUGCACCGCUGGGACCCAAGUACAUGGCCAAAGCCAUCUGGCUGCAGAGAGUGCUGGGACAUGACUGGGUGCCCCUGCAGAACCUGCACUCACCAACGUGCCCCUUUGCACCCAGUUCCCCGAACCUCCCUGGGCCUAGCCCCCAGCCCCAAACUCUGAAUCUCUAUAAACCAAGCAAGGGGGUCCCAGGGAGUGGAGAGGCUUCAGCUCUCCAGGAGCUCCAUGCCAGCCCAAUGUUGCCCCUGCUGCAGGAGGCCCCCAGAUGA